AUGACAUCCCAAUCAGUAACAAAUAUGAGUGGUAUGAAGGAUAUUUCACCGGAAGAAAUGGCUGUUAUGAAUCAGAUUGCAGAAUUGAGUAAACAAUAUGGUAGCGAUGUAGGUAUAUCCACUGUUAAUCCGGAUCAAUUGUUGAAGUUAGCUACAGCUUUGUAUAAGCAUGGUAUUGCAUCUAAUGACUUAUUAGCAGGUGGUGAUGACGAUGAAGAUGAUGAUGAUGAUGAAGACGAAGAAGAAGAAGACGACGAUGACGAUGAGGACGAUAACGAAGACCAAGAAGAAGACGAAGUGCGUCAAAAUGAAGAGAGACAAGAAGGAGCUCCUAUGGAUGAAAAAUUCUACCAGUUCGGUCAUGAUGAAGAAGAGGAUCUGUUAGAAGAGGAAGAUGCAUAUGCAGCUGAUAAUAAUGAAGAAGAUGCAUUUGGAUUUGAACAAUUUAUCAUUGGUAGUCCCUUUGAAAAUUCAUUGAAUUUACUGGAUGUGAUCAUAAAAUCUCCAAAGAAUGAUAUAUUGACAUCUUUAUUAUUAAGUGAUGUGUAUGAUUUGGCGGGUAAUAAUCAUUUAGAAUUAGAAAAUUUUGAUGAAGCAAUUCCUUCGUAUGAAAAAGCAUUAAGAUUAUUAGAAGAACAUUAUAAAGAUGAUAACACUCAUGAAGAUAUAACAGAGGGAUUAUUGAAAUUAUGUGAAGCAUUGAAAUGGGCUCAAGAUACUGAUAAUUAUGAAAAGUAUUUAAAGAAGACAAUAAAGUUAAUUGAAACAAGAGUAGAUAAAAGAAAAUCAAAGGAUAUUGAAAAGGAUAAAGAAACAUUGCAAGAAUUGAAAGAUGAUCUUGAUGAUAUUAAGGAAUCACAGAUGGAUAUUAGACAAAAACAUCCUGAAUUUGAUAGUAUAUUGAAACGUGCAUUAGGCCAAUUGUUAAGUCCAGACGAAAUAUCCGCAGAAGCAGGAUCUGCAAUUAAUGAUUUGUCUUCUAUGAUCAAGAAGAAGAAACCAAAACACAAAUAA